AUGAUAUUCGUUGGAUGGGGAAAGCGAAGGAGCGGCGCCAGCAGGAGAAAAAACUUCAAGACGUUGAUUGAGCAAAACAAUGCUACAGUUACAUUCCUACAAAGAAACGACUUCUCCAGGGCUCUCGAGUCGUCCAUACUUGCAUUGAGCUGCAAUCGAACACUUCUUGCUCAAGGAGGAACUGCAAACGAUCAAAGCAGUGGAUGUUUGGAUGAGUGCAUGCUUGUUCUCUAUACUGCUGAGCAUCAAUCUGCCGCUGCAACGAGCAACCACACUUUCAUCUACGACCAAGCCAUCAUCAUUCGGACCACAGAAGAAGGGAUCGACUCAACGAUCCUUACCGCCAUUUUGGUCUUCAAUGCCGCCCUCGCUCAUCAUGUAUUGGGAGAGCAAAACGAUUGCCAUCGCAGUCGAAUGCGCCUGUUGAUGAGAGCGAAGCAAUUGUACGAGCUGGCAUACGAAUCAUGUGAUUUAGAACAUAAUCUAUUGUUUCAGUUCGCUCUCAUCAACAACAUUGCUGUGAUCGAACGGGAGAUUGGAAAUGUGUCGACCGCGAACCAAUGUUUCGAGUAUCUAAUGUCUCUUUUGAUUUUCUUUGUGGAUCAAGGAUGUGACAUGCGACUACGACAUGUAGAGGGGUUUGUUGCCAACAUACCUCUGACAAUGAAGAAUGCCCCAGCCGCGUGA